GAUAACUACCCUUUCCUCAAAGAUUAAAUUUCAAGCCUAUAUAUAUAGCGUUAUUGUCGUAAGGGUAUCUCACAUUCUCACAUUAUGGAAGGAACUUCUCGAGCUCUUUCUUAUACCAUAAGAUUCGUUGGCCUACUUGGUAGUCAUGCUCUUGGUAGCAAUCCAAGGUUCAUGGCUACAACGGUCGAUCUAGGACGGGAAUUGGUAAGACGAAAAAUCAGGCUUACUUACGGAGGAGGCAACGUUGGCCUUCAGGGAGCUGUAGCUUCAACAGUUUAUAGUAAUGGUGGUAGAGUGAGAGGUUUCAUACCAGGGUAUAUAGCAACACGACAGGUUUACGAACCUACAUACGGUGUUGAGUACACCGUUUCCAGCAAUUACUAUAAGUAUUUCGAGAUGAAUCAUAUUGUGGAAGCCUUCAUCGUACUUCCUGGAGGGAUUGACACUAUGGAAGGUUUAUUCACUUUGAUCUCAUGGGCAUCCGAAGGUUUACACAGUAAACCCAUUGGUCUUUUAAACAUUGACGGUUAUUUCAAUAACCUAAUCAAGUUUCUAGAUGAUGCGGUGAGGCAGAACUUCAUGGCUUUGAAUCAAAGGAAACUAUUCAUCUCUUCUUUCUUUGUUGAUGAGCUUUUAGACAAACUAGAGUUUGCUAAAGCUUUCCCGGGUCCAGGGGUUAGUUACGAUGAGUUUGUGAAUCCUGGAAGACUAGACUUAGAAUUGCAUCUGUAACUUUCCUCUUGUAAUCCAAGUUGUAUCUUGUGUUGCAAUGAUAUUAUCCAUAAAUAUUAUUCUAGGCUGCAUGACCAGAUCAACCAGGUAUCAUUCCUCAAUGCACCUUGACACGCCAAAACCGAAAGCGAACCCAACACAUCAUGGGCGGUCAUACGGAGGGAAACACAAUCACAGAAGUGAAGGUGAAGCCAAUAAUGAACCAGGGAACCCUGGAACAAAAUACUUUAUGGGCAGACUUAGGCUAACAGAGAAUUCUUAACCAGUCCCCGUUAGUGCACCAAACCCGAGUACUCAACAACAACCAAUGGGCCAAAACUUUCCGGAAAAGAGACAACAGAUAGUGUACCACAAGCGGUGCCAUGGCGUCAAUCGAAUGCCAACCCUUUGGUUCCCACACGAGCAGGCACACGACAGAACU